UUAAUCAGAGAAACAUAUAUCAAAGUCUAACCAUUUCUCUCUUCUUUCAUCUUUCCCUCUCCAAAACAAACAAAAAAAAGAUUCAAAUACUAACAAUUUCAGACGAAAACGAUGGCGUUUCAUAACAACCACUUCAAUCACUUCACCGACCAACAGCAACAACAACAACACCAGCCUCCUCCUCCUCCUCCUCCGCCGCAGCAACAUUUCCACGAAUCCGCACCGCCUAACUGGCUCCUCCGCUCCGAUAACAAUUUUCUCAACCUCCAGACCGCCGCAGCUACAAGCUCAGAUUCUCCUUCUUCCGCCGCCGCUAACCAAUGGCUCUCCCGAUCCUCCUCCUUCCUCCAACGCGCUAACAACAACGCAACAGGUUCAGGUGACGUCGUAGAAGACGUCACCACCGGCGGAGAGGAGUCGAUGAUCGGUGAGAAGAAAGAGGCGGAGAGGUGGCAGAAUGCGAAGCACAAGGCGGAGGUACUGUCUCAUCCGCUAUACGAGCAGCUUUUGUCGGCACACGUGGCGUGCUUGAGGAUCGCCACGCCUGUGGAUCAGCUUCCGAGGAUAGACGCACAGCUUGCUCAGUCGCAAAACGUCGUGGCUAAGUACUCAACCCUAGACACCGCUCAAGGACUCCUUCCCGGCGAUGACAAAGAGCUUGACCACUUCAUGACGCAUUAUGUACUGUUGCUGUGCUCUUUCAAAGAACAAUUGCAACAGCAUGUUCGUGUUCAUGCAAUGGAAGCUGUUAUGGCUUGUUGGGAGAUUGAGCAGUCUCUUCAAAGCUUUACAGGAGUGUCUCCUGGUGAAGGCACAGGAGCAACAAUGUCUGAGGAUGAAGAUGAGCAAGUUGAGAGUGAUGCUCAUUUGUUUGAUGGAAGCUUAGAUGGGUUAGGGUUUGGUCCUCUGGUUCCUACUGAGAGUGAAAGAUCUUUGAUGGAAAGAGUCAGACAAGAACUCAAACAUGAACUCAAACAGGGUUAUAAGGAGAAAAUUGUAGACAUAAGAGAGGAGAUACUGAGAAAGAGAAGGGCUGGAAAAUUACCAGGAGACACCACCUCUGUUCUCAAAUCCUGGUGGCAAUCUCAUUCUAAGUGGCCUUACCCUACUGAGGAAGACAAGGCGAGGUUGGUACAAGAGACGGGUUUGCAGCUCAAACAGAUAAACAAUUGGUUCAUCAAUCAAAGAAAAAGGAAUUGGCAUAGCAAUCCAUCUUCUUCUACCGUCUCAAAGAACAAACGCAGAAGCAAUGCAGGUGAAAAUAGCGGAAGAGAGCGUUGAGGUCACUUUGAAGGUUGCAUGGAUACCUUGAUAGAAAGUUGGAGACAUGAAGACAAAAAAUUCUUACACAAAACAAACGUAGAACGUAACUUUUGUGCCAUUACAUGGUAUGACUUCCAUAUUUCAUAAUUAUUAGAGAACACGCAGAACCCAAAAGCACGAUUUGUAAUAUGAGGUUUUAGAUGGAGUUUAUGAUAAGAUCGUCACUGCCAUCUCCACCACCAAUCCAUCACCAUAUAUAUAUUAUUGUGAAUAACAUGGAGUUUUCUCUUUAGCAUUUGUGCAAUCAUUGGCCGUAUAUCUAUCAUUACAAACAAGCAUAUAGCCUGAUGGGUAAUUUUUGUUAAGUGAUGUUCUCAGGGUUUUCCUUACUUUUGUUUUGUGAGUGGAAACACGUUGUACAUUAUGUUACAUUAUUUGUUAACCCUAAUACCAAAA